GUCAUCUGAAGCAAUCGGUCGCUGUACGUGUAUAUAUACCCCUGCGCAUCCGGCAUCUUUGGUCAUUUCGAGCGCUUAUGGUGUAAGGGUAACAUGGUCGCUUCCCACGUUUUCGCGGCGGGAGUGCGCGUUCAUGUGACCUGUAGCGGCCGCCCCGGGUUCGAGUCCCGGUGAGCGCAAGCACCCCUAUGGGGUAGCAUACGAUAAACUUGGAACGAUACAGAGAAGAUUAGCAUUUGCCCCUGCACAAGGACGGAUAUUUGAUCAGAAAAGGCGUUGCUUCGGCAACAAAUAUGUUUUUUUGAUUGGCUCGCUUUUGGUGUCUGUCGAGACACACGUGCACCGUGGGUUGGCUCUCUCGGCGCUUCGAGGAGUCUUUGACCAUGAACACGUGAAAUCACGCAUCACGAAGCGGAGUCGCGUGCGCGUGCACAACUGCACAUAUCCAAAAUUGGGGUUGGCUCGGAGCGACCGACGGUGCCCGCGAUGCGACUCAAUCCACCCUCCCUUGCCAUCACAUCACAUCACAGCCAGCGGGCCCACUCUUUUACCCCAGCAAGUCUUCACGAAGGUCGCCUUUUAUUGUCCACCAUGGUGCGAAGCUCGCCUGCAGCAGCGUUGACGCAAGCUGGGUGCUCCUAUCGCUCCGUCCACAUGCUCAGCGGCCCAAGGCGACUUUCACGAGUACAGCUUGCAGCUCGAGCGGGCACGUCGAAGGAGCCCAGUCUGUCCCGCCAGGGCUGCCCGACCCUCGAGCCUGCUAGAUUCGCUCGCUGGAACACCAUUACCGCAGCUCGAGCCACUCAUGCUUUUGCGCCUUUCAGACCUUCGGCUGCUAGGCUGCUUGCUGGAAAUGGCGAGUCGUCACAAGGAGCCUACGUUGCCAGCAAACAAUCGCCGGAAGAGUACCAUGCAGCCUCGGAUCGCACGUUGAAUGCGCUCAUCGAUCAUUUGGAAGCGUUGACAGAGGAGCAUUCGGGAGUGGCCAACGAGAGGGAAGCCGAAUACUCUGCGUGAGGAUAUGGAACUGCGGGGUGGAGAUGCGGAA